GAGCACUUCAUAUGCUGCAUACUUUCAUCUCCCCUCACUUUUUAGCUUAGUGAAAGACUAGAGGAAGUGAAGCCAAAGACAGCAUUGCUUAUUCUCUCUGACUAACAGUUGGUACUUACAGGAAACUGUUAAUGGAAAAAAAUUAACUCAACCUGUUGGAGUGAAAACAAAGUGGACGGACAUCGGGUGAACCAAGCAUCGUUUAGAAAGUGUGAUGGCAGCCUAUUCAGUGAUGCCCAACCAACGUCCUGUUUCAAAUUGGAGAGGGAGUGUUCUAGACUUCAACUGAGCUCUUUUCAUCGUGGACAGGGGAGAUGCAACACUUGGCUUGGUUGAUGCUGGUGAUCCUUUGGAUGGUGCAGGCUGUGGAGGGUUGUCCUGAUGUUUGUAGAUGCUCCAGAAAGGCUGGUCCAGAAAAGUCAGAGGUCAACUGUCAUAAGAGGGCACUUCAUGCCUUUCCCUCCAAACUGCCCCGUGAUGCCUGGAUCCUCAAACUAGGUGAGAACGGUAUCACAGACCUGAAGGCUAAGGCUCUGAAAUCAAUUCCAAAGAUUGAGAGUAUUAACCUGGAACAAAAUGCCAUCACGUCCAUCCACCCCCUGGCGUUCUCUGGUGCAAAGCAACUGAUGCUCCUAAACCUCUACGGCAACCACAUCACCAACCUUCCACUAAGAGGAUUUCAGGACCUCCUGAACCUUCGCUUCCUUAUGCUGGGACAGAACCAGAUUGGCAUCCUCAAACCUGAGAUGUUUGCUGGAAUGAGGAACUUGUCAGAAUUAGAUCUUCCUCUCAACGCGCUGACAAUGCUACCGUCUAAUGCCUUUAAGCCUCUGAUCGCCCUCAAAGUUCUGGACCUUUCCCAGAAUCGCAUCCAGAAGAUCUCUCCUAAGGCCUUUGCUGGACUCAGACAGCUCAUGUUCCUCAACUUAGACAAUAACAGUCUGAAGAAACUUCCUGCUGGAGCAUUUAGACCACUGCAAUCUCUGGAAAUGCUGGUUCUAGACAACAAUCUUCUGUCCACACUGAGCUUGUCAACUUUGGAUGGCCUGGGCAGCUUGCAGGAACUCUACCUGAGGAACAAUGGUCUGGAUCACCUGCCAACUGAUGUGUUUAGGAACAUGGCCAAUCUUUCUCAGCUGGCUCUUAGUGGAAAUCGCCUGAAGACUGUGGAUGGAAACAUGUUUUCCCAUAUGCCUGACCUGAAGAAGCUUUACCUCCAUGACAACACGUGGCAUUGUGACUGUAAUAUCAUCUCGUUGGUGCAGUGGAUGAGACAGACCAAGGCCACCCUGUCUCCUCAGGAUGCCCUAAAAUGCAGGAGUCCUUCAGACCUCCAAAACAAGAGGCUCUUUAGUCUUGAAGCUGCUCUGCUGUGCCCAACACCAUAACACUUUUAAAACCAUGGCAUGGGCUCUGGGUCAAUGGAGAUUCAGAUGAUGAAUCUUUAAAACUAUUUUUUUUUUAACUCUGUAUACCUACUGAGCUAGCAUUUGUAGAGUGAACUUAUUUCCUAUAUUAUUUCUCAAAGCUGCAAUGCAUUCAAUUGAUUUCCCUGAAUACUAGUGUAUCUUCUCUACUUUAAAUGCAACAUAUUAAAAAUCAGCUGUUAGAAACUUUGGAUUUUGGCCAUGAAUGUUUGAGUUUAAAACCAAGAGCUCUAUAUGCAAUUUCAACCUUAACACACUUUUUUUUUUUUUUUUUAACUUCUGGGCGUGCAGCCGGGGACAGAGAGGUCAAUAGCCUUAUCUCCUAUCCUGACUUUCCUAAAAUACCUAUUCUUUCCUAUAUUGUAAUAAUGAUAGAAUAUUUAGAAACUCAAACUCUGUUUUUUGUAUUGUUUUCUAGAAAAACACCCCCUUUUUUUGUCAUCUAUAGUUGCUCACAGAAACUUCCAAGACUUUUGAGUAUACUGACCUGAACGACAUAAAGUGACUGCCAGGAGACGAUUACUGCAUUGGACGACAGUGUGAAAAUAUUUUUUCUAAAAAUAGGUUGCAAAAUAGCACAUUCUAACCUGCUAAGAUUUCCCCAGUUUUGUGUGGGUUGAUACCAUUACAUAUACUAUAGAACUGUGUUUGUUGUGUGUGUGUCCUUGCUGCUAUAGAGCAUAGAGCUAUACACUCGCUCUUGGGCGUUGAGUCUUGCAGUGCCAGUGCUAAACUACAGUUAAAGCAUGCAAGUCACUAAAAACAGAGUUAUGAGAUUUUCAUUAAACAGAAAGAUGUUGUUGGAAUAAAAUGUAUUCAUAUCAUAUGUGCUCAUAAACAUUAUAUUCAAGUAGUGCAUUAUAUUAAUCAUGUGUGUUCAAUUAAUUAUAUUUUGAGCUAAAGAGCAAAAGCAUUACACAUAGUCUGCUUGGUUUCAGUGUGAUUAUUGGGUUCACUUCUAAAUAAGAAGCAUGUAGUUCAUAAAGUUUACUGUGACCUUAUAAUAAGUUUUUUUGGUACAAUGUGUCCAACCAUAGCUCUCCCGAGUGAGUUAAUUCUGAAAAGUAGGGCCAAGGGUGGUUAGGGACACGUCCUGUGUUUGGGCAAAGAUCUUCUCCAGUAACAGUCUGAGACCUGUUAUCUAUUUUGCAGGCCGAUCUCUGCUAGACACUAACCUUCUGGAGACAAAAAACAGCACACAAACAUGUCACGUGGUAGCAACUGAACUGCCCCUCCCUCGUGCACAUAAGAUCAAGCAGAAAGGGAAAAGAGUUAGACAAA